AACCCUCUCUGUGCUGUACGUGAGUUCACUUACAGAAAACCCGACUUGGACUAAUCCGCAAUUUUUGGACCACCUCAUGCUUCAUAACUGGGCUGUUAGCGGUGUUUUAUCCAGCUGGAUGAACCGAACCGGCCUCGGGUGCCUCAACGCUUCCUGAUCCUGGAUGUGGUAGAGCGGCGGCUGCUGCUCUCUGAACUGGGAACACGCUGGGUCUGGUUCCGUCAGGUCCCCAUCAGACCCAGAUUGCAGGUUGUAGUAAUUGUCAUUAUCGGGAUUAUAUGUACCUAUGGGAUGUGCACGAGUAAAGGACUGACGUGGACUCCAAAGCGGAUGAAGAGAGCUCAUCAAAGCAGGCAGCGGAUGUUGAUGUCAGUCCCAUCCUGAGACUCAAAUGCAAACCACGGCCAUCUGAGAGAUGGGCCCAUGCCAGUCUCUCCAACACAAGGAGGCGACGCAGGAAGACGCAUUGAGGAGGCGUAGACUCCAGCCUUGAGAGGAGACCAGCAAGGGGGGAGGUGCUUGGUCCUCCCGUGGCCCUCGGGUGGCCCCCUUUGGCACUCUGGGGCUCUUGAACUAAGAUGUCCCUCAGCAGCAGCCCUGCAUGCGGGAAAGGUGUGGACUCCAAUGCAGUGGACACUUAUGACAGUGGUGACGAGUGGGAUAUUGGUGUUGGCAAUCUGAUCAUUGACCUUGAUGCUGACUUAGAGAAGGACAAAUUAGAGAUGUCCAGCUGUAAGGAAGACGGGGGCAUGGCAGCACCCUCUGGUGCUGUGGCUGCUUUACCUGACAAUAUAAAGUUUGUUAGUCCUGCAUCCAGCUUACAGAGUAAAGAUGGCAAACCCAAAUCAAAGCGCAGUAAAACCUUCAAAGAAAGUGGAAAGGCCCUGGUCUCAGAUGGAACUAAGAAGGAGGUCCUAGUCAGGUCGUCCGUAGACCCACCCUCCCAGAACUUCAAUUCAACCACAACCAAACGAGCUGAGAAGUCUGGUAAAGCUUCUCGCUCCUCCCCUGUUGUAAAAAAGGACAAGGAUCUGGUGUGUGGGAAAAGUAAAAAAGAGAAACUGGAGUUUGCAGUCUCCCAUGUUUCUACUGUUGAGAAAGAUUCUGGAGCAGCGUGCAGCAGCUCGUUGGAGAGCCAGCGAAACGUGGACUUCAACCUGUCAGAGCAGUGUGGGAACCUGGCUCUGGAUUCAGUUGGAAUCGUGCCAGCGGUUACCUUCAAAACGGAGGACGAGGUGGUGGAUGAUGCUGACUGUCAACAUCAGAUAAAGGUGGCCAGCUGUGAGAAGAUGGAGUCUUUGUUUUCCACCUGUGCACCUCCUGCUCUUGGUCCUCACACAAACAACAAUGACAUCUCUUCUCCCUGUGAGCAAAUCAUGGUUUGCACACGCUCUGUGGCCGUGAGCACAGCAAAAGCUGCCCUAGCCACUGAACCAGAGUGUCUUGGACCGUGUGAGCCUGGCACCAGUGUUAACCUGGAAGGAAUCGUGUGGCAAGAGACUGAUGACGGAAUGCUUAUUGUCAAUGUCACAUGGAGGAAUAAGACAUAUGUUGGAACCCUUCUGGACUGCACCAGACAUGACUGGGCCCCGCCGAGGUUCUGCGAGUCUCCCACUAGUGAUGUGGAUGUGCGAAACGGACGUGGUCGGGGGAAGCGGACGCGUCCUGGAAGCAACGCACUUUUGAACGAUAACAGCAACUCAUCUGACUGUAAAAGCAGCAGCAAGACACGUGGUGCUGUUGCGAGCAGCAAAGGGAGACGAGGGAGCCACACAGUCAGCUGUUCAGAAGAUGCUAAGGCCAACCCAUCCUCUGCCAAAAGGAAGACCAAACCUGUAUCGGAUAUAGAACCUACCUCCAGCUCUGAGGACUUGAAAGCAUCUAAACGUAUUAGAACCAACUCCACUGGUAUUGGGACGCCUCUCCUUGGAGUUAAAACGGACACUCUGCUUCUCCCACAUUCUGAGCGGACCUGUCCCUCCCCUACACUCAUUGACUGCCCCCAUCCUAAAUGCAAUAAGAAAUACAAACACAUCAAUGGACUAAAAUAUCACCAGGUUCACGCUCACAGUGACCAUGGCAUCCGAUUGGACCAGGACGUGGACAGUGAAUUUGGGGAAGAAGCUGUUCUCCAUCCUGACCCAACGACCAGCAAUGGUGCAGUUGUUUCUCCCAAAGAACGAGGCCCUGAUGCUCCCUCGGCAGGAAAGCAUGGUUUAAAAGUAAAGAAGGUGGUGGGGGAGGCAGAACCUGAGGUAACCGAUGGUGGUGAGGAGGUGGGGUGUUUAACUGAUGAGACCAGCAGUGAUGAACUAGAGAACAGGAAAGACAGGAAGAUGUCCACCAACAGCAAACCUGAUAAACCAACACAUAAAGGUGUAAAGCUGAUCCCUCCUUUACCUCUUCCUAUUCCUGAAGCCCCUUCUUUGUAUUCCUGCCAAGAGUUUUCUCCUGCUACAGGCUCAGUGGUGCAACCCCUACCCAACAGCCAACCUAACCCUCCCCCUCUCACUGACCCAAACUCCAGUCCUGCUGCUGCUAAGGACAUGAAAAAGAAAGACAAAAAGAAGAGGGAUGGAUGGAAGGAAGGUGAUAGUCCAAAGGCACUAGGAAGGGCUGUGAGGUCAGAGGAGGGGAAAAGUCCAUACUCUGAAACAUUGGACACUUUACAUAAUGGCUGUGUGGAAGCUCAGCAGAACCGCUUAGCUAGCAUCAAAGCUGAAGCUGACAAGGUCUACAGCUUCUCUGACAAUGCACCCAGCCCAUCCAUUGGUGUGGCUAGCAGGAUAGAUGUGCCCCCCUCCCAUCAAAAUGAGAAUGGAGCUGAUAUCCUGUCCAAGACCAGCAGUCCAGCCUACUCGGACAUCUCUGAUGUGGGAGAGGAUGGUGAAGGGAAGGCAGAGGUGGUGAAAGUCAAAACUGAACUGGACGAGGGACCUUGUGAUGGCUCCAAGAAAGCCUUGUUCUUCCUGCAGUCUAAGGAUUCACCUUACUACCCAAACUAUGACUACUCCUGCUCUCCGAGCUACCUAAACCCCAGUCAAGGAGAAGCCCCUGCAGCACCACCUCACAUUGAAGGUGACCAAGUGAAGGUGACGAAGGAAGAAGAGCAAGAGGUUGGAGAGAAUAACAAACGGAAGGUGGAACCUCAAGAGGAAAGGGUGGCAGAAACGGGGCCUCAACAGGCUUCAGUCAUCCAACAGCGUUCCAGCAUGUACUCCCAGUCUCUUUAUUACAACCAGUACUUUGCUUCCCCUUACUCGUACCCAGAUCCAACUCACCUGCUGGCCUCUAACCCCGCCUACCGUCAGCAAUAUGAGGAGAGGCAGCAGCAAGCUGACAGGAAGGCUGAGGGCAAAGAUCGGCAGACGUCUAGUAAAGAUGAGUGGAAGCAGAAGGCCUUGGUACCUCCUACCCUAGCCAGCGCACCAAGCCCUGCAGACCAGGGUGCAAAGGUCAACGCAGCUAAGCCUAAAGACACCAUUGCUGCAUCAGAACAGGUCAAGUGUGUCAGUGUGGUUAAGGGAGAAGAUCCUAAAGUCCCAGCAGGACAGGCUGAUGGUGUGAAGAUCAAACCCAGCGAAGCAGGUCACCAUGGGAUAGGGGAGACCAAGCCGGGGAUGGAGUUGGGCAGGCCAGUGGGUGCAGAUCCUGCCACGUGGUACAGACAGGAAACAAACUCACACUUGUGGCCUUACGUCUACCCCAGCAAAUACUCAGAACCCCCGAGACCUCAGGAGGACGACCGGUGGAAAAAUGAAAGGAAGCGAGACAGGAAAGAGAAGGAGGAGAGGCCACGACCAAAGGAGGGCCUUCAGAAAGAGGAGCCCAAAGGGCAGCAGCCCCUGGAGGAGCACCAGGAUGUCGGAAAGGAGACACGCAUCCCCCACAUGCAGUUCCCCCCUGCCUUGGCCCAGCACCAGGGUUACAUGCCCUAUAUGCAGGGAGCUUAUGCCUACAGCCAGGGCUUCGAGCCCAGCCAUCCUGGGUACCGAGGGAUGCCCUCAGUCAUGAUGCAGAACUACCCAGCCUCAUACCUGCCAGUCAGUUACGCCUUUUCCUCAUACGGAGGGAAGGUGGCAGCAGGGGAAGAUGGGGAAAAACCAUCCAGGUCCAGUCCAACCGUGAAGCCACCCAGUGAGGCUAAAGCUCUGGAGCUGCUGCAGCAGCGUGCUAGAAAUUACCAGGGCAAGUCCCCGUCCAUCCAAGACAAUAUCUCACAUGAGCGGGAACGGGAUCGGGAAUGCUCCCGACCUCGAGCCUCUCCUUCACAGUGCAUCUUGCCGUCUCACCAUCACCUGGGGUAUCCUUUGAUGUCAGGACAGUACGACCUAUCCUACGCCUCAGGACUCUCCUCUUCAGCCAUUGUUGCCAGUCAGCAAGUGUCUGCUCCAUCUUUGUACCCUGCUGCACGCAGGUGAAAAUGGUAUACAUGAUUGACCUCAUCUGAGUCAUGUGACCAUUUCUGUUUUUGGACCACUUCACUCCCGUCUGGCACUGGGACCAGUCCCCUUUGGACUGGACUCAGCGUCUGCCGGUCCCAGGUGGGACGGCUGGUUCUGCUCUCGGACCGGAGCCGUUUGGGUGAGACCACUUCUCUAGAACUGGAUGUCGGUGACCUCUGACUCCCAGCAGACCCCUCUAGACUCUUUAGUGUGUGACUGAGGAUGUGUGUAUUCAGUGUGUGUGUGUAAAUACUGUACAGAGGAAUUAUUUUUAACAUUCUGUUGAAUGAUGGAUUUCCUACCUUUUUGUCUGUUAGUUUUUGUUUUUCUACUGUUGUUGAUAUGAUAUUAAAGGUGUAGCUGAUGGAA